AUGUUUUAUGCGUGCCUUUCAAUUCUUUUACUAUUAUUAAUUUCAUUGGCUUGUGUUUGUUUGUCUAUAAUUGAUCUGGAAACUUAUAAUUUUGGUCUUUAUAUUGUUUUGCUUUGCAUUGUUGGUACAAUGCUUGCAUGUGCUCUAUGUGUAGCUAAUCCAAAUGCAUGCCCAAAUCCUGGAUGGUACUCCAAUUUCUGUUUAAUGCUUCAAGUUGGGAGAUUAUUGAAGAAUUUAAAUUUAAUAAUUUAUUUGAAGGAAAUGUAUCCAAGUCCAGAAGAUUCAGUUAAAGCAGCCAUCGCUUCACCUGAAAUGAAUGGUCUUCGUUCUAGAAUGAUGGCACAUUAUGGAGUAAAUGUGAAUCAAAUGGGAGGAGAACAACAACAACAACCAACCUCAAGUAGUGGUGAAGGGGGAAGAUUAACGUUAAGGCAAGAAUCGAGAGCAACAGUAGCAAUGCUUGCCCCAGCCGUUCAUAUAAUGCAUCAAGUAUGGAGAGGAAUGGCUUGGGUUGCUGAGGGGAUGGAUGAUGAGGAAGAUUUAACAAAAAGUUAUGAUCAGAUUGAACAAGGAACCUCCCAUUCCAUAAGUCAAGAAUGUACGGAUUCUUCUCAAAAAAGGCUUUCAACAAUUGCAGAAUCAAGCAGUGGGGGUGUAAUCGAACAAAAUCCAGAGGAAAGUGGGGAAUUUGGUUCUGGGAAAGAUGUUAUUGUUUAA